GAAGGAGAAACAGGAGGAACAGAAGCGAGCUCGUCGCGAAGGUAGAACGCGCGUGUACCGCGUGCACUUAGUUUAUCGUGUAUCCAGAAAGAGAGAAAGACAGAAAUAGAAAAAAAGAGAAAGAUAAAAGAAAACAACGAGCACGACUCUCAGAGUCUCGAACUCGAGAAGUCUUCGCGAGUCCGGCGAACCGACACACCGCUCACCGAUUCCAAAGUCCGUCGGUAGGCUCAGUUGUCUCCGAACCCUCGAACUGUUCGGAUGUAGCUAUUUUUCGAGUUUUAUUUAAGUUUUUUCCACGUUUACGAAAUUUGCUUGUUUCGCCGUUGCUCGCUGUAUUCUUGUCUCUGAAUCCAUCUUAUUUUUUAUAUGUUCGUUUUUCACGGACUCGUGUGAUCUUCGUGAGGUGGAAUUCAAUUUUGAAGAAAAAGGAAAAAUAAAAAAGACAAAUUUGAUACGAACAUUUUACGGAAGGAAACACAAAAGGAGAAGAGUGUUUUUGUUCCGUGAUUGUCAAUAAUUCGCUUUUACUAGAAUUGCUAUUUUUUUUUUAUUCACUUUUCCACGGUUACAUUUGAUUGCGUGCAGUCAAUUAGAAAAACGAGAAAAGAAGGCAGAGCGCUGGAGCGGCGAAGAAAUCGGAAGAAACUCGAGGAGAAGAAAGGAAGAAAAUCUCAUCGUUUGAACGAACGAAUAAUCGAGCAUCCUUAACACGUAGCAAACACGUAGAAUGGUAGCCUCCCAACACGACGGUACCAGAAGUGUCGGUGGCGGCGGAGACGGCGGAGGCGGCGGCGGCGGCGGCGGCGGCGGCGAUGAGACCGUGUACACGGUGACCGUGAGUGGUGUCGGUUACAGGAACGAGGGUUACAAGGACGACGGUACCGACGGUAUACCUCCCGAGCCGCAGAAACCGCCGCAAUUAUCGUCGACGGACGACGACACCCAGUCGAGAAAGUUCAAACUGUCCCGCGGCGAGAAAUGGCGUAUCUUGAAGAACAUUAGCACCGUGUCCGUCGCGUUCAUGGUGCAGUUCACCGCGUUUCAAGGGACGGCCAAUCUCCAGUCGUCGAUCAACGCCAGUGACGGUUUAGGCACCGUUUCCCUCUCCGCUAUUUACGCUGCUUUGGUGCUGUCGUGCAUCUUCGUCCCCACCUUCGUUAUCAAACGGCUCACCGUUAAAUGGACACUGUGCAUCUCGAUGCUGUGUUACGCGCCCUACAUCGGGUCCCAGUUCUACCCGAAAUUUUACACCCUGGUGCCGGCUGGCGUUCUCCUCGGUUUGGGGGCCGCGCCUAUGUGGGCAGCGCAGGCCACCUAUCUCACGCAGGUCGGCGGUGUGUACGCGAAACUCACCGAUCAGCCGGUAGACGCCAUCGUGGUCAGGUUCUUCGGCUUCUUCUUCCUUGCAUGGCAGACCGCUGAACUCUGGGGGAAUCUCAUUUCUUCGCUUGUGCUCAGCGGGGGAGAGUUCGGCAGCGGGAGCGAGAACAGCACCACCAAUUCGAACAAGAUCAAGCACUGCGGCGCAAAUUUCUGCGUCCUUGGGAACGGCGGUCACGAGACCUUGGAACGUCCCCCGGAAUCGGAGAUCUAUGAAAUAUCCGCGAUCUAUCUUUCUUGUGUAAUCGUUGCCGUCAUCAUCGUCGCCCUGUUCGUCGAUCCGCUCUCGAGGUACGGUGAGAAGCAGCGAAAAGUCGACAGCCAAGAGCUCAGUGGUAUACAAUUGCUUUCCGCAACUGCUUAUCAACUGAAGAAACCCUAUCAGCAACUCCUAAUACCGAUCACGAUAUGGAUCGGUAUGGAGCAAGCGUUCAUCGGAGCAGACUUUACACAAGCUUAUAUUUCUUGCGCGUUGGGCGUGCAUCGAGUCGGCUACGUAAUGAUCUGCUUUGGAGUUGUGAACGCUAUUUGCUCGUUGGUGUUUGGAUCUUUAAUGAAAUUCGUCGGCAGGCAGCCACUCAUGGUGCUGGGCGCCAUCGUCCAUGUUAGUCUUAUCGUCGUGCUACUCCACUGGAAACCGAACCCCGAUAACCCUUACGUUUUUUACUCUGUCUCUGGGCUUUGGGGUGUCGGCGAUGCCGUAUGGCAGACGCAGGUGAACGGUCUGUACGGGACUCUGUUCAGGCGUAACAAAGAAGCAGCAUUCUCAAAUUACAGACUGUGGGAGAGUGCCGGUUUCGUGAUAGCGUACGCGUACAGCACCCAUCUGUGCGCCCGUAUGAAGCUGUACGUGAUGCUUACAGUGUUGCUAGUCGGCACAUGCGGAUACAUCGUGGUGGAAUUGUUGCACAGGCGUAAGCAGAAAAGGCUGAAGGCCAUCGCGGAUGAUCCAAAGGCCGCUCAAGCGGAGGCGAAUCAAGUGGAGGAGACCGACGAUGAAAAGGACGAUAUCGACGACGAUAUCAUUAUAACUCAUCUCUGAAACAACAUCGUGCACCGACGAGGAAUCUCAUCAGUGACUUGAUCGACUCUUCUCUUUUAUUCUUCCUUAUUGCUUUCCUCCUAUAUAAGUAACGAACAUGAUUACAACCAAGGGGGCGAAUAUAUAUAUAUAUACGUAGACACGUAGGGGGGGAUACAUCAUCGAUCCUCGAUCAUCUCUGAACGAGUGAUCAAAAAAAAAAAAAAAAAAAAAGAAAAAACCCCCGUCAUGGAAAAGUAUAUGUACCAUGAUUGUUACCCGUUUUUAUAGGAAGCGUAAGGGGAUAAAUAUUUUUCUUCGGAAGGAUGUAGAACGGAAAUUAAGAUAAGAUCGGCGAUACGAGUAGGGCCGCGAAUCGAAUCCGUUGUUUUUUGUUGUUAUUCGUAUUGCUGAUGAUGCUGCACGCGAUUAAAUUGUUGUACAUUCGUCUUAAGAUGAGAAUCGUGGGUGGAAAAAAAAAAAAAGAAAAAAAAAAAGAAGUAUCGCAGGACUAUAUAAGGAUAAGAAGACGCUCUUUUAUCGGGGCUUUUAUUUUUAAUAUUCUUUUUCGAAUUUUCUUUCCCCUAGUAGAUUGUUUUUUUCUUUUUUUCUACAUUAAUUCUAUAAAUUUCAUUUGUUAAACAAAACAGCCUCGGUUCUUUAUACACGUCACGUUAUCGUUGGAGGGCUGUCGUUGACCCCGUGUUUUUUCUUUUUUCUUUCAAUCGAAAAACGAAAAAGACAUACGAAAGAUGUAACGCGACAAAGCUCGCGGGAUCGUUGUACGGAGAGAGAGAGAGAGAGAGAGAGUGAGAGAGAGAGAGAGAGAGAGAGAGACGUUCCUUCGGUUCCACCGGUUUUGGAGACCGAAAAAGUGUGAAAGAAUAAAAAAAAAAAAAAAGGAAGAAACCGACUCAUACAAAAAAUUGACGAGGGAUAAGGAAAUUGCGCGAAAUGUGUCGAUCACUUGAUGGAUGCGUUUUUUGUUAUAUCAGUAUGUAUCAUUUUGUAGAGAGAUUCUAUCACGACGAUUCCAUUAUUGUCAACAAAUAAAAAAACGAAUUGCUUGCCUUCACGGUGCUAGAAGCGCGUUCCGAUGCCAUAUAUAAUAUCGUUUUUAUGCGUUUUAUAUCUAGCGUUUUAUAUCUUUGAUCUUCACUUAAGUGUAAGACGUUAAUUAUUGAUUAAAAAGAGAGAGAGAGAAAAAAAAAA